UGGCGAUUUGCAGUCUUUCGUGCACAUCUGAGGUUGAUCCCAAAAAGCGACUUUGGAUCAAGGUCGGCAAGUGUGGCCGUACGUUCCAUGCUCCAUACCCCAUUGCUUACAAAACUCGCAGCUCUGCACGCAUCCCAACCGGAUAGUGCCUUGGCGACAUUGCCAAGGAACCGGCAUUUGAGAAAACACCGAACUCGGCGCUGAUCUGUGGUCGAGGUCACUCGAGAUUCGGCAGUAAAGCUCAUCCCGCUGUUCCUUACUCGACGUCUGCGACUAAAAAGCAUGUCCAGCAACAGCUGCAACCCCAAGUCGGGGAACUGCGCGUUCUGCGGCGAAAGUCUCAGUAACACGUCUACGCCGAUCCCGAUUGCGUAUGGUGCACCAGCGGAGGAAGGUCGUGGAACCUUUACGAAGCUCAAGCCCUUGCGAUGGCGUUUCCUAACCAACAAAGCUCCUCGCACGAAGUACAUGUGCUCGUCUUGCGCUGAGAAGCGCCAGGUGCCGCAGAAAUCCGAACAACCCGUGAGUUUGGAUUCAUCUUGGGAUGGUAUUCCGAAGCCUUCGGGCCAGGCGUUACGACUCGAGCAUCUGGAGCCGCAUGAGGCGGUGCGUCAGCAGCGAAAGAGUCAACGACAUGCUCAAGAGAAGCGAGAGAAGCUUCAUGAACGUCAUACUGAGCGUCGUGAAAACCGGAAAAGCACACGUGAACCCGUGUCGAGCAAUGGGAGAAGACGACGAUCGUCACAAGCCUCUGAAGACCCUGCCAGAAGAAGCAGUGGUGUGUUGCAACCGUUUGCAAACCACCGCGUGUCCAGAGAGUCUAUCAUUCGCAAUCGUCCAGCGAGUACGGUAGAAAUCAGGACCCGCACUUCUGUAACGAAGCAACGUGCUUCAGUCGAGACCCCGACUCGACCGAGAAAGUCUAGUUCGGGACAAUCCGAACUUCGCGGAUCCGAAAAGAAGGGUCAGCGAUUGAGCUCCACAGCAGAUAUCCUCGGUAUGUCCCGGUCGCUUGAGUUGCCACCCAACUACUUCGACAUGAGCUCUUCGUCGCCUACAUUUUCUGCUCCGGAACAUGAUCCUGUCGAUUGGAGACAGAUCGAGACGCAAUUACCCGCAGCAGAACCCCGUAAGAAGAACGAAACGGAAGAAGAACGUCAGCGACGAAGAAGCGCCUCCUACGCACACAUGUUGCUGCGCAUGCGUCGGCAUUAUGAUACCGUGCAGGUGAAUGGAACCCACGGUCACCCCGCUACAGCCCCACCGCGACGGAUUCGAGCAGAGCGACGUGCCAAGUCCGUUGCUGUUCAAAGCGUCCAGGAGGACGAGCCGGCAAAGGUCGAUCCAGACAACUUUGCCAUUGAUCUCGACUACCUGCGGGCGUACAAGGACGCACGGUAGAUCUAGCAACGGAAUAAAGACAAUAUCUAUUGAAGAGGUCAUUUCUAGCCUUCCGGUUAUCAACGCGACGGUCGAGGAGACGAAAGUGAUGACUGAAAGUUGCCUCAAGUGACCUCGAGAGACCGUCCGGCCAUCAGCUUGGACUGCAUCGAGCUCUGCUCUAUUGUGGCGUCACGAGCGUGCAGUCGGUCCUGCAGCAGUAAGAAACACGACCAAGUGUAGACCUGCGCAGGUAGCAGCGCUCGUCAUUUUGACCUUCCUUGCAUCCGGCUGGUGGUGGCAGAAAUAGUGGGGCUAUUUUUCCUUGUUUCUUUUAUGGACUAUUUUUUUCUCCUCAUAUUGGAUUCAGUAUGCAUAAAUCCAUAAAGAAAUAAAAAAAAGUUUUAUCACGGU